AUAAGUGCCAGGAAAAAGGAGAGGAAAGACAACCAAAUAAAUCCAUAUCUAACGAGGGCAGAUUGGAUAAAUAGGGUGUUACCAGCUGAUAAAAAUUACCUUCAGCUAGGCAUCCUGGAGGUCUGAUUACAGAAGUGACCCUAGCCUACCCACACACCUAAAAUUUAUUUAAGAGAUCAACCUGGGCUCUUCCUGGCUUUUAGGAAGAAGACUGGUGUGUUUGCUCCUUGCUAGUUCUUCCAAGCCAUGGGGCUUCCCAGCAAAUGCUUUUUUGGGUUUUGUUGCUUUUCCUGGCUAUGUUUUCUCACUAACGUUGGUUCUCAGGCUUCUAGGAGAGAAGCUCAGACUGCAGCUAGUGCUGAGUUGGAAUCUGAGGUGGAACCUUGGUCCUUGCUGCAGCCUCUAGAUGGGGAAGACAGAGCUGGCCUCUUUCCCCCUCUCUUUAAGGUUCUGUACGAUGGGCAAGGUGGGGCCCCGAGGCUGCAGCCAGACUCCAGAGAUUUGCGCUACAUGAAGAGGCUCUAUAAGGCAUAUGCUACCAAGGAGGGGAUCCCUAAGUCCAACAGAAGUCACGUCUCCAACACCAUUCGGCUCUUCACCCCCUAUAUCCAGCGCAAGCGGGUUCCUGCGGACCCAGUGACAGGAACCGCUCCGUCCGUGGACCUGCUGUUUAACCUGGACCGUGUUACUGCUGUGGAACACUUACUGAAGUCCGUCUUGCUGUACACCUUCAACAACUCCGUUUCUUUUCCCUCUGCUGUCAAAUGCGGGUACAGCCUGGUGAUGAACGAGCCAGAGUCGUCUCGUAAGGCUCGCCCUCCAGCUCCACGCUCCUUUACCUUCAAACCACAGUUUGAAUUUAGAAAGAAGUACACGUGGGUGGAGGUUGAUGUGACCACUCUCCUUCAGCCUCUAGUGGCUUCUGACAAGAGAAGUAUUCACAUGUCUGUAAAUGUUACCUGCGUGAAUGACCAGCUGCAGGGUCCUUCAGCCCUGGACAGUCCAUUGAAGCUGCCUCUUCUGGUACCGCCCUCACUGCUUUUAUAUCUGAACGACACAAGUGCUCAGGCGUAUCACAGGUGGGAUUCCCUCCACUAUAAAAGGAGACCUUCACAGGCUCCUGGCCAGGAGAGAGGUCUGUCCGCCCGUCCCAUGGAGGAAGAGGCUGCUAAGGGAGUAAGGUCUUCCCGUCACCGUCACCGGAGAGGUCAGGCAGCUGUCAGCUCGGAACUGAAGAAGCCUCUGGUUCCAGCUUCUUUCAAUCUGAGUGAAUACUUCAAACAGUUUCUUUUUCCCCAAAAUGAGUGUGAGCUCCAUGACUUUAGACUUAGCUUUAGUCAGCUGAAGUGGGACAACUGGAUCGUGGCCCCGCAGAGAUAUAACCCUCGCUACUGUAAAGGGGACUGUCCCAGGGCUGUCGGGCAUCGGUACGGCUCUCCAGUUCACACCGUGGUGCAGAACGUCAUCUGCGAGAAGCAGCUGGACUCCUCAGUACCACGGCCAUCGUGCGUGCCUGCCAAAUACAGCCCUUUGAGUGUGUUGACCAUUGAGCCCGAUGGCUCAAUCGCUUAUAAAGAAUAUGAAGAUAUGAUAGCCACCAAAUGCACCUGUCGUUAACACGUGGUCCUCUAAAACCUUGAGCCUCUUUGGCAAAGUCAAUGCCACGCACCUCUCUGUGCCUUUAGGAGAAAGCUUCAUGUGUCAAAUCUAAAUAGAAUGCAGCGUGUCUUGUAUAAGGAGGAACCUGUGUACAUUAGCACAUUCAGUGGCAUUUAUCAGCGUAAGGAGAUAACAUCUGCCUUUCUUAUUUGCACAUGUACAAUGAAUGUAAUUAUUUUGGAGAGCUUUCAAAUUUUUUCCCUGAGCGAUUCCCCCUCACCCCCGUAAGUCUUGUUUUUGAUGUUAAAAAAAACUUAAUUAGCUUUUAUCUUGGAUGGAAUUGCAGCUCUAAAAAGACAGUUCAGAGUGUUAUAUUAUAGUCUUAUUUAAUGGAAGAAUAAAUUUCUAGCAGUGGCUUAAGUUUUCUGUGUGUGUUUAUUAAAUAAAGAUUGCUUUUAUGUGGUCAUUUGGGAGGCAGAGGAAGUGUGCCUAAGAGCCAGUGUUGGCUCAACUUUUGAUCUCUUUUUCAGAGUAAAAGAGAGGCUAACUUCUUUACCUAAAUCCUGAUGAAGGGAGGUUCACUGGAACUACAGAGUAUGCAACAAAACCCAUAUCUGUUGUGUUAGUGUGACCGGAACAGAAUAUACUAACUCUGCUCAUUAGAUAGCUUGGAUAAAUUGGUUGAUUCACAUCAAACAAUAUAACAUUUGUUCCAUUUACUUAAAGGAAAUUGCCUUGCAGAUUUUUCCCAAGAAAAUGGCAAUAUUCAAGAUUUUAAAAAUGUAUUUUCUCCUUUAUUUAAAAUCUCUGACCCAAUGGAAGGAAAUCAAGGAGGAUUUUUUUCCUUUGUUGUUUUGUUUGUUUGUUUUUGCCAGUUUCCCUCAGCUCCCAUCACUCCAUCCCCACAUAUAUUUUUUCAGGUGGGUUUAGGACUGUUCCCACUAAACCAGCUGGCAGUGACUAGGUUCUACAGAGUGAGUAUUGUUUGGAUAUGAGAGCUUAUAUGUGGAUUGCCAAUAAAUCUACCUUGAGAGCGCCCUAGGGGCACAGUUAGGACUGAUGCAGUGAUUUCUGUCUCAGAUUUCUAAAACCCUGAUCUACAAACCAAAAGUAACUCCUAGAUGCAAGAAGUACUUCCAUUCCUACAAGUGUUCUUUUCUAGUGUUUAGUGUCUAAAGAAGUCAGCUGGGAUUUUGGUAUGGAUUGUGUUGAAUCUGUACAUCAGUUUGGGGGGUAUUGCCACCUUAACAA